UGUAUCGUGUUUAGGUUGGGCCACAGCUAUGUGUCUCGUGGUGGUCCUGGCCCUGGUUCUCGUAGACAGAAAGAGCUGCCAACAGAGCCCCCUUUCACUGCAUAUGUGGGAAAUCUACCCUUCAACACUGUUCAAGGAGACAUAGAUGCAAUCUUUAAGGAUCUCAGUGUAAAGAGUGUGCGACUAGUCAGAGAUAAAGAAACAGACAAAUUUAAAGGAUUUUGUUAUGUAGAAUUUGAUGAGGUGGAAUCACUUAAGGAAGCCUUGACAUACGAUGGCGCACUUUUGAAUGACCGAGCACUCCGAGUGGACAUAGCAGAGGGCAGAAAACAAGACAAAGGUGGAUUUGGCUUCAGAAAAGGUGCUGGGCCUGAUGACAGAGGAAUGGGAGGAGGUCCUCGGGAGUCAAGAGGUGGUGGAUGGGAACCUAGAGAUGACUUCGGUUCUGGCUUCAAAGAUGAUGACUUCUUGGGAGGUCGGGGUAGAGGAACUCGUCCUGGAGAUCGUCGAACAGGCGCACCCCCAAUGGCAGGUGGUGGGACUGGCCGCUUUAGAGAUGGCCCUCCCAUUCGUGGCGUUUCCAUGGACUUCAGAGAACCAACAGAAGAGGAAAGAGCACAGCGGCCCCGACUUCAGCUCAAACCUCGAACAGUUGCUACUCCCCUCAAUCAAGUAGCCAAUCCUAACUCUGCUAUCUUUGGUGGAGCCAAGCCCCGAGAGGAAACAGGAAAAGAGCAAGAAUGAGCUUGGGGCUGAGGGAGUGGGAGUGGAGGGGCUGAGGGCGGGCAGGAGUAUAAGCAAGACAGCACAGAGUGACUAGCUCUGCUGGAACGUCUACCCUGCAGUUACCAUUCCUGCCAUCUGAUGCUUGUCCUCUUUGAAACCGAAAACACAGAGCUUGUGAAUGCAUGUCAGCUGUUAACAAGUGGUUUUUAGUACGUUCUUGGCUUCGCUGUAUCUAGUGCCUGCUUUGUGCUAAGUUUUCCCUCUUCUGCUUUUCCUUCCAAGCAGCACACUGUUUCCAGCAGGUAAAUCAGUGGCAGCUUCCACCAUUGUGGCAUCCUCUCUGGACAAAGGUGCUGCUUCACUUUCUUUCUUCUGGGUUUGUUUUACUUUAGAAGCACAGGUUAGACUUCAUUAUUGCUCUAUAUCAUUUUCUUUUGAUGUCCUCAGUGUUCCUUUUCUGACCCUGCAUGUUUUGUUCUGUAUUGCUGUGGCUCUAAAGAGGCUAAACUGAAGAGUCCUGGCAAGUUGAACAGCAUCAGUAAGCUGUACAGCCCUGACAAUGUAGAAUUAAGUAUGAUAUGCAACAGUGAAUAAUAAGAUUACCAUAUUCAACAGCAGAGCUCCCUAUGUCUAAGAAAAUGAAUUAGAUUGUCCUCCUGUCCCAUGCGAAGGGGAAAUAGCACUUCUAAACAGAUAGAAAUAAAAGAGAAAAAAGAUCUCUAAUGAAGUACCUGUGCAAUAGUGCAAGAGGUAAUUCAUGAGUCUGGCGGUACCUAGUAAUUGAUUUCACCAAUCCAUUGUGGCUCAGUCUACACGAACAAGUAAUGCUUUUCUUUCGGUAGGCAUACUAGAUGGAAAGAGGCAUCUGCCUUUAGGUUUUGCAAUGUGCUGUCUACUUAAUUCCCCAAUGAUAUAAUGCUACACACUUGAACUUGCAGAUUGGUGCUAUAAAGCUGUGUCUGUUCUAGCACAUUACUACUGACUGGCUCUUUCUGCUUAUUAUUUCUCUUGAGUUUUACAUGGUUGGUAAAUUUUUAAAUGACGUUUCUACAAAUAAAGUUGACUUUUUUAUUUUUGUUUUGUUUAAGGAGUGUAUAAUUUGCCACUCUUUAC